GAUGUCCAAAACAAAACCGGGGCAAAUAAAAGGGGACAACAGUUCAAGUUGCGCAGCUCUAGAAGACACGACAGGGAUUUAGAUUCAGCACCUUCUCUCUCUCUCUUUCUCUCUCCUGCUGUCUCAAAACUCUUGCAAUAUUCUUUGCUUCUCUGCCAUACUCGCUCUUCAACAUAUUGACCUCUAUCUUCCUUUAAAACCCUCAAUCAUUAAUUAGCUCAUCAAUAAUAAUUGCACGCUAUUCACAAAUUUCACAUUUUCUCAAAGCUUUCAAUUUCAAACUAAUCCGUACCAAUUCUUCCCAUCUUCUCAAUACAUUUAUUAAAAUCACUUAGCUCAAACUUUACCUUAAAGCAGCUAAACCCAGUUCAUCAAACAGCAAAUAUUAGUAUAAAAACAUUGACCCCUCAAAAAAAAAGUCAAAAUUAUGAGUACCCAGAUCAAUUUUCAGCUUCUUUGAUCCAAGAUUAGGAAAUUUGGGAAUCUAGAAAAUACCCAAUUUUUCCAAAAUUCCAACUUUUUUAUAUUUUUCUGGGUUUUUUUGUUGAUUAAAGUUGAGAUGUCAGCUUCAUGUCCUAGCAAUGCAAUCCAAUUCAACAGAACCCUUUGUGCUUGUGCACCAGGGUAUCUCUUAAAUGCUACUUCUAAUAACUGCACUUUGUUCACUAACUCUCCUUCAAAUUGGGUUGUUAAUUCUGGGAUUGAUUAUUCAAUUUCAUUCCCUGAAACUGUAUUCUCUUUUGACCAAAUCAAGAAGUUUACUCAGUCUCAAGCUGUUUUCUUGGAAGCUACUGCAAUCUUGUUGGCUUCUUGGCUUUUGUUUUGUGUGUUUGUGAGGUUUGGCAAGUUGAGUGGUGGAAGGUCUAUUUGGUUCCAGAUUAGAUGGUGGAUCAGCCGCCUUGAUGUUUGCUUUGCUACUAGACAUUGGCUGGAAGAUCAGAAGGUAGUUAGGAAGAGAAAGACUGAACUUGGUGGAGCAUUCUCCGUUGCUAGCUGGAUACUUUUCAUUGGUCUGUUCGCGGCGCUUCUGUAUCAAAUCAUAUCCAAAAGAAGUGUAGAGGUGCAUAAUCUUAGGGCAACAAACGCUCCUGAUUUAGUAUCUUUCGUGAAUGAUUUGGAGUUCAACAUUACAACCAUUUCCGCUAUGAGCUGUUCUCAGUUGCGUGGUCUCGGUACUAUAUUCUUGGGAAACCCAGGUUCCAUUGACUAUCGGGUAUCACCUCUCUCUACCUUUGCCAACUAUUCUUGUCUUAACACUACUCUUGGACCAAAAGUAAGUUUGAGAUGCAACAAUUGCCCGCUUGUAAGGGAUAGUGUGUACAUCUCUUGGCAAUUUGUUGAUGUUCCCGGUGAACCUGCCAGUGCAGUUGCCUUUGAAUUCAAUCUUUCAGCAAGAUACCCUGCACAGAAAAAACAUAUGAGUUUAGUCAGUGGUGUAGUGAGUAAUGGAACUGAUCUGGACAGUGCAUCUUUAACAUUUAGAGGCAGGGAUACAAAUAUAUUGAAGUUCAAUUUGUUUCCCAGAGUAUAUCAGAAGUUACAUAAUCUAAAGCUUGUCCAACCUUUGUUCCAUGAGUUUCUUCCGGGUUCCUUUAUAAGAGAUGCAAAUGAGCUUCAAGUGUCCCUUCAGAGUUCAAAUAAUGGAUUGAUCAACACCACAUUGCUUAUCAAUUUUCUCUCUGACUACAUUGUUGAGAUUGAUAAUCAGAAUAUCAUGGGACCAGUGAGCUUCCUCGCAGAUCUUGGUGGUCUAUACUGCAUAAGUAUUGGGAUUUUCUUCUACCUUUUGGUGCAAUGUGAAUAUAGGGUCAAAAGACUACGUAAUGAAGAUCAGGUUUUCAGGAAUAUCAGAAGCAGAUGUAAAGCUAAGGCUCACUGGGACAAGUUGAGAAAGUAUGUGAUGUAUACAUGGGGCCCUAGUUCAUUACUUGAAGAAAAUUAUAACUUCAAUAGUGACGGAUGCUGUGCUUGUGCUGGUGGUUCCUCGCUCAGAAAGGGUGAAUCCUUGCACACAAGGACUCGUCAAGAAAUUAGCUUGCGUGCCAUUAGUUUCGACAAGAAAGAUAGCUCACAUAAAGGGAUGGCUGGAAAACAUUUGUCAGAACCUGCAAAACCCACAAAAGAUGACAAUAUUCCGCUUCCGCCCAGUUUACCCGAACUUAAUGGAAGUUCUACAGUGGAUUUGUCUGAUAUCCAAAAGAACCUUCAAGAACUAUACAAAUAUAACACAAUGCUAAGGAAGGAACUGGUCAAUACCCAGUCUAUGCUACGUACUUUAACAGGCAAGCAUCCACCUGUUCCAUCAGAAGGCCAGACGUGAUGACAAAUUAGCCAGUUGACGGAACCUGAAAUCAUCUCCAGCAGCUUUAAGCCACUUUAGAUGUCGACUUCAAGAGCUUCGGAUCAUCUUGAUGAACUCUUUCCCGCUGUUAUAAACUCUUCCGGACAGUAGAUGAUGUCCUUGACCGUGUGAAAUUCUAUAUGUGGGCAUUGAACGUCAAUGUGUGAUCCUAAAGGUAAAGUUCAUCGUUUCUUGGAGUUACAGAAUAUGAGUUUGGAUGCUGCAAUUCUGCCCAAACUACCUUCUUGUGAUCGUCAUUUGUUGAUACCGAAAAAUACAUAGUGAAGAUAUCAUAGUGCAUAAGUUCUGUUUGAGGUCCACCAUAUGUGCCUCUCUUAAUUUGUUGUUCUAGUUUGUAUCAACUUUUUAUUUUUUUAAAUUGUUUCACAGAACAUUAAACCCAGAUGAUAAAUGCUGCCAUUGGUGUUUGGGGGUUUAUUAUAAUGCCUCAUUUUUUCGCUGUA